AUGGCCGAGCAACAGAUCUCCAACCUUCUUUCAAUGUUUGAUGCUUUCCACGCAACCCAAAAGCUGGAAAUUACAGUUCAAGUAACGGAUCCUUUCCAUUACAAAGACACUCCUCCAGACUCUUCCUCUUCAGAAGGCGGUUCUUUAUCUCGCUAUGAGGAACGGCGUGUCUCCUUUCCUCUGUCUCAAAAUGCAGCUUCACCAGAGAUAGUUUCUCAGCUGUGCUUUUCAACAGCUAUGAGCUCGGAGCUCAAUAACCGGUGGAAGUCACAGCGCCGCCAGGUUGCUGAUUCUCCCUACAACUAUAUCUUGACCCUCCCCUCCAAAGGUAUUCGUGGGGCCUUCAUUGACUCGCUGAAUAUCUGGCUUGAUGUUCCGGAGGACAAGACCUCUGUGAUCAAAGAGGUGAUCGGCAUGCUCCACAACUCCUCUCUCAUAAUCGAUGACUUUCAAGACAACUCUCCACUUCGGCGGGGCAAACCAUCUACACACACUGUCUUCGGUCCAGCCCAAGCAAUAAACACAGCAACGUAUGUCAUAGUCAAGGCAAUCGAGAAGAUACAGGAGAUCGUCAGCUAUGAUGCUUUGGCAGAGAUGACUGGUACUAUAGCCACAAUCUUCCAGGGUCAGGCAAUGGAUCUAUGGUGGACAGCUAACACCACUGUUCCGUCUAUACAAGAGUAUCUUUUGAUGGUCAAUGACAAGACUGGUGCCCUGUUUAGGUUAUCACUUGAGCUACUGGUGCUGAACUCUGAAGUGUGUAUCAGUGACAGCACACUUGCGUCUCUAAGCGGUGUUGUGUCACUGCUCGGGCAGUAUUUCCAGAUUAGAGAUGACUACAUGAAUCUCAUUGACAAUAAGGCACGUUCCCCGCAGCUAUUUCUUAUCUUCAUUUAUUAG